AUGGUUACAGAUCCGACAAACACAUUCUCCUGGCCCUCCAGGUUGGGGGUUGGAACAUGUGGCGAGGCGACCCGUAGACAUGGUAAUGAAUUUGCAUUUCCCACCAAACACCGCUGCCUUGCGGCUUUUGAGCCAAAGGCUCUGGUUGAGGACCCUAAUCGUCCUCCUGUCUAUGUGUGGGCGCCCUGGCAUUACCCCAGUCAUCGUUCAACCAUGACCUACACAACUAGCAAUACUCUCAUGCCACAUCGCCGUCGCGUGGUGCCAUCAGCCGGGUUGCCUAACUUGCUGCAUACAGCAGGGCGGGUAAGCGAAAACAUGCCGCUGCUGACGCCUUCCUUCUUACACUUUCAGGUUUUCCGUCUUCCACCCACCCCGCCCAAAUUCGAAUACUUUAUCCGCAGCUCUAGGACUGACCGUUUUGCUCGCCCUGCACCACACCCAGCUGCAGCUUCUGCACGUCCGAGAUCAGUUACAACCCUAAACACUUCGAAGUCUGUUCUCAAACCCGGAAAGCCUGUCUACUUAGUCAAUUUCAGUGUUCGCACACGGAAGCGAGUAGGUCAACAGGUGGCUCUUGUGCGUACGCUGGAUUCCCUCUGUAUUGAUGUAUGUUGUCUGUCAGAAACAAGGACGCAGUACGCAAGUGCUGUAAUCGAACUGACUGCCCCAUCGCUCCCUGCCAGGUUCCGACUGCGCAACUCUGGUGAUGUAGAGGCCGCUGCAGCUGGAUAUGCUGGGGUGUGUAUUUUAUUGAGCGAACGAGCGGAGGCGUCUCUGCUUGAUUGGAUACCCGUUGACAGUCGCCUCUGUGCAGUUCGUUUGGCAACAUCGGUCAUAGAAUCUAGAGGAAGUAAGCGCAUGAAGCCGCAUCACUUGCGAUAUGGAGAGAAAAUUGAUUGGACUAAUAUAUGGCCUGCCCCAGCGACUUUCAGUUAUUCCGUUGUACCCAUUCCGCUCCGCCAGGGCUAUUCUAAAGGUCUUAUUGAAAAUUCUGGUGUUUCACCGGUUAGCUAUGCGAACGCAGAAUUAAUGAAGAUUCCAAACUUUCUGCAUUUAACAAAAUCACAUAUCCGAAAACAAUGUGAGGCAUUGAAAAAAUUUUGCACCGCUUGGCCGUCAGGGUUGAACUCUGAUGAAAUAAUUACUAAACAUUAUCCAGUGGAAAUUGUCCAACGAACGUACGUUUUUAGCUCGCACAGUAUCCGUGACCCUCGUGCUCGCAUUGUCACUAUUCAGGUCCCAGUAUCUUGCCUUGGAUUAGACGAGCACUCAAAGAGGAAACUGCUUAGGCUCGCAGUUGGACCGGGACCGGGGAAAAAUGUAGCUCAGUAUGAUUGGAAUACAGAUAUUCUGGAACUAACCAGUGGACGGUGUCCAUCUUCGAGGCAAAAUACUGACUACUUGAAAUAUGUUCUCACCGUCUUGACUCUUGAAUCUCGCAAAACGGAAACAUGGGAAAAAGGCCAACCGGAUUACGAUUGGCUGAUGUUCCACUGGCCGAGCAGUUCAUCCAGAGAACAUCUGUUGAAACUCGUGUCCGAAGCAGGUAGUCACGAGGACAAGGCGGUCGACCGUAAGUUGGAUGACAAUCCAUUGAUUAGAGAGUAUCGCAAGGCUUUGGAAGCUAUCUGGCUAGAAAACGAUAUCCUGCGCGGCAACCCGUGGGUUGAACCACCCAAAAUGCCACGUUUUCGACACAAUCCCUAUCGUCUAAUAAAGGAUCCUCCACUGAAGCCAAUCCACGGUGCGGACAAAACUGAGACACUGCGUCAGUACGCCGAUGCGACAAGACGAUUGUGGCGUCUGGACACUCGACAGAAUUCAAACUAGUUUCUCCCGUCCUCGAAAUUUCGUGAUGUAUAUAAAUU